GAGCAAGUCUUCGAAGACGACGUAGUCUCGCUUGCAAUAAACCCGCUUGAGACUGAAUAUGCUAUUGGCUUUGUCACAGGCCAUGUUGAAUGCUACGAAUAUGAUCAAGCAGACCCUUCUAAACCACACAAGCUGCUCUGGGAAACAAAACGGCAUAAACAAGGUUGUCGAGCAUUAGCUUACUGUCCCGACGGCAAGAGUCUCGUGAGUGCUGGCUCAGAGGGCGCAUUGAAACGUGCAGACGCAAAGACGGGUCGUGUCGUGCAAAAGUUCCCAACUGCCCACAGUGCAAGCAUCAAUGCCCUGUGUUUUGUCAGUGAGCGAAUGUAUUGUACAGGCGACGACGACGGCUGCAUUCGAUCUUGGGAUUGCACAGCAGAGAGCGGCUCUGAACCUAUUAGGAACUAUGCUACAACGCACGAAGAUUACAUCUCUUCGCUUGAAGGUCUAGAUGGUAAAUUUGUGCUUGCCACGUCAGGCGACGGAACUCUUUCCGUCCAUGACUUGCGAUCGAACAAGGAAAAAGCCAUCAAACGAUCCGAGGACCAAGAAGACGACCUCACCUGCUGCACCAUGACGAAGCAAUCCAGCAAGAAGCCCAAACUCAUUGUCGGCACAGCGUCCGGCGUCAUUGAAAUUUUCAACAAGGGCGACUAUGGCGACUGUAAUGAUCGAAUCUUGCCACCAGCAGAAGCAAGCAGUAAAGGGAAACGUGGCGGCCGCAACAAAGCCGAUGAUGAAAUCGGCGUCGAGUGCCUUGCUCGAAUUGAUGAAGAACACGUUCUCGUUGGUGGCUCAGACGGCAAGAUUCGCGUCUUGCAGGUCUUGCCAAACAAAUAUUUGCGCGUGUUGGGAGAUUUUGGUGAGGAACAUCAGGAACCUGUUGAAGCUGUUGUGAUUCAGGAAGAGUGGGUCUUUGCCAUCAGCGGACCUAAGCUGAGAAUCUUCUCCCUUGAAGCAGAGCAUGUGGAAGAAAUGGAGCCAGCGAAAGAUGCUAGUAGUGGCGAUGAGUUCAGCACUAGCGAUGAAUCUGAUGGAAACGAUAAAGGGAGCUCUGGAAGCGAAGAUGGUAGC